GUCAAGCUCAUCCCGCUUGAUUGCCACAGCAAGCUGAAAGUUGAGUCUUUGAACUCAAAGAAUUGUUGUUCAGUAAAAAAUUCAGGACGAAAUCGAGGAUUGAGUUAUUUUAUUGACCUGAGAACUGAACGUCAUUGUUUCGACCUAGGAUCUUUACUCUGGCUUGAUCGAUAAAUUGGUAUUAUAAAAGUGAUAAACGUUUUAUUUAGUGUGCAUGAGACGUGGCUGCAUCAGCUGUGGUUACCAGCUGAGGAUUCUUAGCAAAAGACAUCGAUGGUCAAUUGUUUCUGGGAAAUCUGAAGAGUCAGGAAGGAAAGAAGAAUGAGUCGACGAAGGGCCCACGAUGAUGACGAUGGAUACGACCGGGUCUACAAGAAACGCCGUCGCGUAUCGGAGAACCAGGAGAUCGAGGACCGCCUCGAGUCCCUAAUCCUCCGCGUGGGUGAGAAGUCCACCUCCUCCCUCGAGAGUAACCUCGAGGGUCUCGCGUCGGUCCUCGAAGCGGACCUCGGUGUCUUCCGCACGAAAAUCCUCCGCAUCCUGACGGACUGCGCCAUGAAAAUGCCUGAAAAAUGUACGAUCUACACAACCCUCGUGGGUCUCCUCAACGCGAAAAACUUCAACUUCGGCGGUGAAUUCGUCGACUACAUGGUGAAGAACUUCAAAGAGGCCCUGAAGUCGUGCAAAUGGGACGCAGCGAGGUACUCCCUCCGUUUCCUCGCUGACCUCGUCAACUGUCACGUCCUCUCCUGCGGUUCCCUCAUGCAGCUCUUCGACUCUAUGCUGGACGCUGCGAACGAGGACAGCGUGCCCCAGGUCCGGAGGGACUGGUACGUCUACGCAGUCCUCUCGACCCUCCCCUGGGUGGGUCGAGAGCUCUACGAGAAGAAGGAGCAGGAGCUGGACCACUUGAUGGUGACCAUCGAGGUCUUCCUCAACAAACGCAGCAAGAAGCAUCAGCCAGCACUUCGUGUCUGGUCGAGUGACACCCCUCACCCCCAGGAGGAAUACCUGGACUGCCUGUGGGCGCAGGUCCGAAAGCUCCGGCAGGACAACUGGGCUGAGAAGCACAUUCCCCGGCCUUACCUGGCCUUCGACUCGAUCCUUUGCGAGGCAUUGCAACACAAUCUCCCAACGAUAAUUCCUCCACCUCACCAUGACUCCUACCUCUAUCCCCUGCCGACCGUCACCUUCAGGAUGUUUGAUUACACCGACUGCCCAGCAGAGGGCCCACUCCUGCCAGGAAGUCACGCUAUCGAACGAUUUCUUAUUGAAGAACAUCUCAGACAGAUUAUCGAUAAUUAUUUCACCGAGAGAAAGGACUGCGCAGCUAAUCUCCUCAAUUUUCCUUACAAGAACAAGAUUCCUCUGGAUUACUGCAUCGUUGAAGUUAUGUUUGGGGAACUAUUCAAGCUGCCGACCCCCAAGCAUCUGGAGAUCUGUUACGGCUCGAUUUUGAUUGAACUCUGCAAGCUUCAGCCCUCGACGAUGCCUCAGGUCUUGGCACAAGCCACGGAGAUCCUCUUCAGGAGGAUCGACAGCAUGGCUGCUGCCUGCUUCGACAGAUUCGUCUGGUGGUUCUCGUAUCAUCUCAGUAAUUUCCAGUUUCGAUGGUCCUGGGAGGACUGGGACUCCUGCCUCCAGAGGGAUGCCGAUCAUCCCAGGCCGAUGUUCAUUAAGGAGGUGCUGCUGAAGUCCUUAAGGCUGUCGUAUCACCAGAGGAUCAGGGACAUGAUGCCCGAGAGCUAUGCGGAACUCAUACCAGCUGUGCCUGAACCGAUUUAUAAGUACAGCUCCGAGGGGGCGAGCUCACUCCCUGGGACUGCUGCUGCUCAUGAGUUGGUGGUGUCCAUCAGGAGGAAGUGCACGCCCGAGGAGGUCAUCAAUGUGCUUAAUACUUUACCUGGGACUGGGGAGAAUGAGGAGACCAGCAAUUUCAAUCCGUUGAAGAUUGAUGUCUUUGUGCAGACCUUGCUGAAUCUGGGGUCCAAGAGCUUCAGCCACAGCUUUGCUGCUAUUGGCAAAUUUCAUUAUGUGUUCAAGGUACUUGCAGAAACAGAAGAGGCCCAGAAAUGUAUUCUCAUGAAUAUGUAUGCAUUGUGGAAGAAUCACUACCAGAUGAUGGUUGUCCUGACUGAUAAGUUUCUAAAGACUGGAAUCAUUGAGUGCAGUGCUAUUGCCAAUUGGAUCUUCUCCAGGGAAAUGUCCUCUGAAUUCUCAAAACUGUACAUCUGGGAGAUUUUACACUUGACAAUUCGUAAGAAGAACCAACACGUAAUCAAGCUCACUAAAGAGCUCGGCGAAGCACGCGAGAAGAUGAGAAGAGCUGAAAGCAAAUCGGGAUCAUCAUCCGACGAAGAAGACGGUAAUAAGGAUAAGGGGGAGAGACCUUCCGAGGAAGUUUUAGAAAGGAUGGAGGAGAAACUCGAGGCAGCACAGGCGGAUCAAAAGAAUCUCUUCCUCAUUAUUUUCCAGCGUUUCAUCAUGAUCCUGUCUGAGCACUUGGUGAGAUGUGACACAGAUGGAAUUGAUUACAACACACACUGGUACAAGUGGACGAUUGGUCGUCUGCAACAGGUUUUCUUGACACACCACGAGCAAGUAAUGAAAUACUCAUCAACCCUUGAGACACUUCUAUUCACGCCGGACUUGGAUCCCCACAUUCUGGACGUAUUCCACCAGUUUGUGUCCCUCAGAGCGUAAAAAAACUCUCCCUUUGACGUCGUUCAUUCGAUAAACAAAGUUUACAACUACGACAAUGGAAUCAUCACUCUCCUGUUAAAAAAUUGUGAAAUGAAACAUUCACAUCAAUAUUUUCAAGAUUAUGAUUAAUAAUUAUGAUUAGAUGACAAGUUACUUCGAACAACUGAUUAAUCAUUUAUUCGUCUGCAUAUAUUGUCAUGAAACCAAAUAGUUAUAUUGUAUGUAAAAAAAAUGCGUAUACAAUAAAUUUUCAUUAGAGUAUUUGAGCGA